AUGGAAGAUAUAAUUUGUUUAAAGUUAUUUAAAACUAGAAAAAGGAAUAACAAAAACAGAAUAUAUACAAUUCUUCCAAAUGAAAAUAAUGAUGUUAUAGCUUUAUUGUACUUUAAAAAUAAUUAUGAAGAUGAAAAAAGUUUUAAAUUAUGUUUUAACUUUUUAAAUAAUUAUAGUAAUGAUUGUUUAUUAAAUAAUAAUACAAUAAGUUGUUUUUGGGUAUAUAGUAAUAUAGAUAUUUUUAUAAAAAAGGAAAAAGUAAAACGCCAAAUUCCUAUUCUGAUUUCACAGCAAAAUAAUCAGUUGAAUUUUUAUAAUUUUAUUUAUAUUAAUAAAAUAAAUCCACUUAUAGAAAAUCAUGAGAUAAAAAUACAAGACAAUGUACUAAAUUUUAGUAUAUGUGAAAAGAUACAUGAAAAUAUAGCUGAAAAGAACAAAUUAUAUAAUUUUUAUAUUAGUAUUGAUAAAUUAUUUCAUUUUGCCAUAUCCUUAAAUAAAAAUUUAUCUAUUUUAGAAUCAUUCAACAAAAAAUUUGUAAAAAUAAUAUUAAAUAAGGAAGAUUCCUUUUUUAUUAUAUUAAAUGACAUAGUAUGUUUAAAAUUUGCUACUUACGGACAAAGCUUAAAAAUAAAAAAUUUAUUUGCUUUGCAAAAUAUUUUGAUGAAUAUUGAUAAUUAUAUUUACUUCCAAAAAUGUAUUAGCAAAAGUAAUUUUUUAUUUCUUUUAACGUUAACACCUCAACAAUUUUUACUAAUCUAUAGAGGAGAUACUCCUUAUUUAGCAAUAAAUAUAAAUAAAUAUUUAUCUACCUUUUUUGUUGAUUUUGAAGUUAGUCAUGAUUUAUUAAUUAUAAUAUUGUUUGAUAUAAAUAAUCAGCUAUGGUUCCUUAAUUUAAAUACAUACUGCAAUUUAAAUUUUACAAGGGAAGAAAAUAAAAAUAAAAUAAUAUUAGAAAAAGAAAAAAUAAAAAAUGUUGUAAUACAUUCACUAAAUGAAAAACAAGAAUCAUAUUAUUACUUAGAAACCAAAAGAAAUACAAAACAUCAUAUAAAAGAAAAUGUGGAAAAAGGAGAAAAUUUAACUAUACAAAAGAAUAAGAACAACGUGAAGUUUAACUUUGAAUCUUAUUUUCCUAAUUUUUUUAAAUUAAGAGAAAUAAAAGCAUACAUAAAAAAAGAUUUAAAAAAAGACAAAGAUUGCAUCAUAUGCAUAAAGAAUUACAAAAAAUUAGAAAGUUCAAAAUAUAUUUAUAUAAUCAAAGAAAUAAAAAAAAAAUUAAAGAAAGAAAACUUUUAUCAAAUAAGUAACUAUGAAAAAUUAAAUAAAAAAAAAUAUUCAAAUUAUAGAAAAAAUUAUCAUAUUUUAUAUUUUUACAAAAAAAAAGAGUUAUCCGAUUAUUAUAUUGAUUUUUCAUAUUACAAUAAUUAUGAUUGCAAAUACCAAACAAAUAAAAGCAUUAAUAAUUUAUAUGAUUAUAAAAAAUAUGAAAGUAAUGGAAAUACAUUUAGAGAAUUUUAUUACAAAAGCUGUGAUCAUUAUUUUAAGGAUAAAUAUAACAUACCUCAGAAUGAUGAAAUUUACAAAAAUAUUGUUAAUGAAAGAAUAGAAAAUGUUGACAAAAAUGAUUUAAAAUUGGUCAAAGUAUGUAAUGGUAAUGAAAAUAAUUAUAAUAACGAGAAAGAUUUGAUUAAAAAAUCAAAUGAUAAGAAAUAUUUAAAUGAUGAUUUCUUUUUUAUAAAUAAUAAUUACAAAAAUUAUCAUUUUUAUAAUGUAGUAAAUAAUAUAAAUAAUAACACAAACAUUUAUGAUUUAAUAAAUUUGAAUUUAGACAAAUCAGUAAAUAACUUGAACAAUAAGCUACCGCAAUACAUACAAUAUAUUCAUGUUUAUAAAUAUUUUUAUAAUAUAAGGAGAUUUUUUGUAAUAAAAAAAUGCAAAGAUAAUUCCAGAAGCUAUUCUAGAUAUAAAAAUACAAAUAGAAAUAGUAAAAAUUUCCUAUUUAACAAAAAAUUACAAAGUAUAAAGAUUUAUGUUUGUAAUAAAUAUUUUAUGAUAGAAAUUUUUUUAUCAUGUAAGAAUAAAUGUUAUUUAAUCGUUUUGAAAAUAGAAGAAAAAAUAAAAUUUUUAUUUAUUUUGAAAAAUUAUAAAUACUUUUACGUAAAUAAUAAAUCCCAUCCCAUUUUUAAUAUUGAUAACACUUUGUGUAAAUUAAUAUUUAAAAGUUGUAUUAGCACUCUAAUAGAUAUUAUUACAUAUAACAAAAAGACAAUAGCUGAAAAAAUUCUUAAAGUGAAUAAUUUAAAAAAAAGUUACCUUUAUUUUAUAAUGAUCUACAAUAGUCUUUUAAAUAAAGAUAUAUACCUAAUUAAAAAAUGUCUAAAAAUAUUAAAAUUUAAAGAAGCUUUAUUAUUAUGUAGAAUAUUGUUCCAUUAUAUUUUGAAUAAUUUUAAUAUGAAAUUAAUUUAUUUUUAUUUCAUUAAUUACUUUUCUUUCAUCAACCAUGUUUUAAACAAACGAGAUAAGAAAAAGAUACACAAACUUAAGAAAGAAAUAAAGAAAAAAAAAGAAUUUAUAUCAAUUUAUAUGAAAAUAACAUUAAAAAAAAUAUUUGACAUUGUAGAUAUUAUUGCAAAGAAAUAUCUUUGUUUUCAAGACAAUAAUGAAUCGAAAUUCUCAUUUAAUCAAGAAAUAUUUAAUAAAAAUGAAAAGAAGUUAAAGGAAAAUGAAUCUUUUAAUUUAUACAGUAACAAAAAAAAGCCAAUAAAAGUACAGAUAUCAAAUAUGAGAAAAAAAGAAAGAAAAUUUGAUCUAAUUAAUAGUAAUAUGAACAAUAAAAAUAUGAAAGAAAAGUUAACUCAAAGCACUUCAUUGAAAAAGGAGUGCUUAGUUAAAGACAGCUUUAAUCAUAUUAAUGAAAAAAGGGAUUUAGAUGAAAAUAAAAUAAAUAAUAAUUCUGGAAGUAUUAUAAAAAAUAACUUUAUUAGUGAUUCAAAAGAAAAUAAAAUCAAGAUGAAUGAAUUGUCAAUCAAUAAUAUAAAAUCAAAUAUUUCUGGAAAUAAUAAAAAUGUAAUAACAAGUAUAAAUGAUAGGAGAAUAAUUCAUAAUUAUAAUAAUAUAAAUAAUAAAUAUUUGAAAAUAUAUGAAAUAUAUUAUUUUGAAAAAAAUUGUUUUUGUGAUAAUUACAAUUUAUUUUUAAAUAAAAAAUACAGUAUAGAAAUUUGCUCAAUAACUAUACAUUUCAUUAUUUCAUUUAUAGAUUAUUUUAUUAAAAAAAAAAAAAAUUCAAUAAAAAGAAAGAGUAAAAAAUUUAAUAAAAUAUUCAUAGAAAUGAAUAAAUAUAUAUAUUUUAUUAAAAUAUUAAUGAAUGCCCUACUAAAUAAUUACUCGAAAAAAGUUAAAAAAAGAACAAAAAGAAAUAGAAGUAAGAAUGACAUUUCGGAGAAUGAAAAAUAUCUUGUAAUUUCAAAUAAUUGUAAGCGUGAGUUAAACUUUUUUAAUUCUAUUUAUCUAAAUGUGUAUAAUUUCUAUGAUAUUAUAUUACAAACAUUAUAUAUUAAGACAUCUAAUGAUGACAAAAUAAAUAAAUUUAUUCUUAAUGUUGAUAACAAUUUUUAUAAUAAUAAUGAAAAAGUUUUAGAUAAAAAUAUAGUUGUCAAGAAUAAAAGAGGAAGUAUUUUAAAUUAUGAUUCAUUUAUAAAAAAUAAUAAUUAUAAUGAAAAAAAGUUAUUAAAUAAUAAAAAUUCUAUGAGUGAUUGUCAAAAUUUAGAUUAUAUCUUAAAAAAUAAUGACACUAAUGGAACUCCGACAAUAAGGAAUAAAGAGAAUAUAAAUGAAAUAAAUGAAAAAAAUAAUAUUAAUGAAAAAAUAGACACAAAUAAUAAUAAUUGGAAUAAAAAUAAUAUAAGAAAUUAUGAUGAUUUUCUUUUUCUAUUAUGCUAUUGUUAUAUAGUGUUUACUAGAAAGAAAAAGAGAUUUACUUAUUUUCCGAUUAAGAAUAUUUUUUAUAAAGAAAUAGUUAAUUCAAAUUCUUUAAUUAAAGAAGAAAAUGAUUUCAAUACUAUUGUUUAUAAUAUAGUUAAUAAUAAUGAUCUGAGUACAAUUAUUUACUAUAUAUAUUCAAAAAAGUAUGAAUUUUUUUUUAACUUUAUUUUUUUAUAUUUUAAUUAUUGUGUACUAUAUAAUUUUUUUAUAAAUAGAAAAAAUAAAUGUAUUAAAAAAUUAUAUCAUUAUAUGUAUAAGAAUUCUAUGAUUGAUAAUAACGAUAAAAUGCAUAAAGAUAGAUAUAGAAAUGGGAAUUGUGAAGAUACAGAUAAAAAAAAAAAGAAUAAGCAAAAAAAAUUAGAAUGUAAUUUAUUUUUUAAUAAAAUGAUGAUUUCUAUUAUAAAUAAUAAUGAAGCUACAAGCAUUAAAGAAAAAAAAAUAUAUAAUUAUAAUUACAAUUAUAAUACUUUAGUUAAUUACUUAUUUAAUGAUAAUAAGGAAAAUAGGAUCAUUUACAAUAAUAACAGUGAAAAUAAAAAUGUUAUUAAUAAUAGAAUGAGUCCAAGUAAUAAUUAUAAAUUCAUCAAUACCAGUAGUAUGAGAAAAAAUAACUAUUAUAAUUUAAAUGAGAGAAUGAACAAUAGUAAUAGUAAUUACUACAAUAAAAUUAAUAGUUGUAACAAUAAACUUAAAUUAAAAAAUGUAAUUUUUGAAAUUUACAAAAUGUAUGAUAAUUUAGAUAGAAAAUUUAUAAAAUUAGAAAACAAAAUAAAUAUAAAAAAUAUCGAUAGUAUUUUUAGUUUUCAAUUUGAUGUGAAAAAUCUUUUGAAAAGUAAUUUAUAUAAUAUUAUAUUAUUAAUUUAUAAAUUAAUUAUAAAAAAUAAAAAUAAAAACAAUUCCUAUUUUAAAGAGAAUAUAUUUAAACUUUUAAUAAAAAAUCUUAAAAUUCCAUUUUCAUAUAUUCAUUUGGCACCUUACAAAAUAUUAAUAAACUAUUAUGGGGGUAUUAUAUAUAGAUUACUAUGUAAUAAUAUAAAUAAUUACUUAAAUAUAUGCAUAUAUAUAGUGAAAAUAUUGUGUAUUGAUGUUUUAAAGUUUUUUAAAAUGAUUGCAUUUAAUACGUUAAAAAAAUAUAUUAGAAAUAAUCUGUUGCUUUUUUUACUUAAAAAUAAUUACAAACUUAAUACAAAAGAUAAAAGGGCUGUUAAAUUGAUUGCAAUUUUGGAGAUUUUUUACAAAAAUAGUUCAUAUAGUAGUGAGCACAAUAGUUCUUAUACAAAUUAUAUUUUGAAUAGGAAUUACUUUAAUUUAUAUCAGAAUGAAACCUUUUUAGAUUUAUUAAAAAAAAAAUUAUACUGGAACAAACACAUAUAUGUACAUGAUAUGAUAUAUAAGGAGAAAAAUAUAUUAAGUAUAUUUAAUUAUUUAAACAUUUAUAGUGUAGUUUCUGAUAGUUUUGAGUUCGUUAAUUAUUUUAAUCAUACCUCCUAUGCUUUUGUUGCAUUUCUAAUUCAGAAUUUCUUCUGUUUUUAUAAAAUUGGUAAUAAGGAAAAUAAUAAAAGAGAUAAAAAUAAAUUAAAUAGAAUUAAAAUUAAAUCAAAAUUAAAAGAUAUAUUUUUAAAGAAGAUGAAUCCGAAAAGCAUAAAAAGAAUCAAGCUAGUGAUUAUGAAAAAAUAUUGUUAUUUUAAAAUAAAACAGAAAAUAUUAAGAAAUAAAAUUAGAAUAGUUAAAAAAAUUAAAAGGGUAAUAGAAAAAAUCAAUGAAAGUAAUAAGGAAAUAUUGCUUUAUAAUAAAUUAACACACCAUAGAAGCAUAAAAGAUGUUUCUUUUUUAAGAGAUGACUGUUAUUUUAAUUUAGAUGAAUAUAUAAGAAUUCAUAAACCUAAAAUAAAUGAUAUAUACAUACAAAAUAUAGAGAAAAUGAAUAAUCAAAGAAAUGAUACUUUGGGAAAAAAAAAAAGUAUGAAUAAUAAUACAAAAGAAGUUGAAAGGAUACAAAAAAAAGAUAAGGAAUGUUUAAAAAUAAUAGAAAAAGAAAUUAUACAAAAAAAUAUGAAAAAUAUAAAUAAUAUAAAAGACAUAUAUAAAACUAAUAACGAAUCGAAUUUACACAAUAUAAAUUGCGAUAAAAAAUAUUUUAACAAAUUUGUUAAUUGCUACUUUACAAAUAAAAAGAAUAAUAAAAAUAUAAUAACAUUAAAUAUAGCAAAACAGUGGUUAAAAUUGAAGGGAGAAGAUGUGGAUGAUAUAAGGUUCAUUAGUUAUAAUGAAUUUAGUAGUAAUAUAGUUAAAGAAAAAAAUAAAAUAAAAAAUAACUUGAAUAAAAUGUAUCUAAAAAAAGAUAAGGGAUACUAUGAUAUUAAUAAUUAUGAUAAUGAAUGCUAUUGCUAUCUUUGCUGCUCAGGGAAAAAGGAAAAAGAAAAAAUAGAAGCAAAUAAGAAUCAAACGGAAAGUUUUAAUAUAGACUAUAAUUAUAGCAAUGUAGAUACAAUAGACGAUUUUGUUUUACAUAAUAAUCAAAUUAUAGAAAAUAUUUCCGAUGCUAUAUAUAAAGAUAAACGCAAUUCUAAUGAGAAAAAUGUUCACACAUCCUAUAUAAAAAAUACAUUUAUUUUUAAAAAGGUAAAUAGUAAUGAAAAAAAUAAAGAAAUAAAUACUUUACAAAAUUCGAUAAAUAAGAGCAUUAAUACAUUACAUGAAGACGAGAAAGAAAAUAAAGUACCAUUUAAAAACAUAAAAAGUAAGUAUGAAAAUACUUGUAAUUAUCGUUUAAUACAAUGUGAAAUUUCUAAUAAUAAAUAUUUAUGCCAUUCUUUAUUUAUGUUAAAAACAAUAAAUAAAAGUAUCAUGGUAAGAAUUGUAUUAGAAAACAAAGGGAUAAAUUAUUUAUUCUUUUUAAUGAAAUAUUUUAUUAAUAAAAAAUUGAAGAGUUUUAUAUUAAAUAAGAAAAAACUAAAGAAUGAAUACAAAGAAAAAAGAGAUAUAGAAAAAGAAAAAGAAAAAAAAAAAAAAAAUUAUCAAGAUUAUUAUUUCAAAAGUCAAAGUCUCAAAAGAGAUUCUUCAAAUAUUUUAGUUAAGCAUAAAAAUGAAUAUAUGGAUUAUAUUUUAUUAAAAAAAAAUAAUAGAGAUAAAAUCACGAAGAAUAAAAAUAUAAAAAAAAACCAAGAAAUCCUAAAUAAAAAUCCAAUUUAUAAGUGUAUACUUUUAAAAGACAGUAAAAAAAAGAAAAUAAUAGUAAAAAAUUUAUUUUACGAAAUAAUAAAAAUUUUUAAUAUAAAAUCAUACGAUUACAAUUUAUUUGUUUAUAUUUUAGAAUAUUAUAUAGAUAACAAUAACAUAUCAGCAUUAUUUAUACAUUUAUUAACGCUAAAUUAUUUUACGAACAAUUUUUUCAAAACACUCCAUAGAUCAUCAAGAUUUAAUUUUUAUAAAGUAAUUAAAAUUAAGAAGAGUAAAAGAAAGAUAAAGAAAGAAAAUAAUAAAUACAAUUCUAUGUUAAUUAAUGAAAAUGAUAAAUCUGAAAAAAAAUAUUUUAUAUCAGAGAAUCACAGAAAAGCACGUAAGAUUCAUACUUUAAAUAUAUAUGAAAAGAAUUUUUUGAAAAUAAUAAGAUAUAUUCAAACUAAUUUAGGAAAUAAAUCAACAAAAUAUAUUUAUGAUUAUGUCGAACAUUUUUUAGAAUCACAUGGAAUUUUUUUAUUUAAAUUUGAUUUUUUGUAUAAAUUAAAAAUUUUGAAUAUUUGUCCAAGCAACAAAAGAACAUUAAAUUAUGAGAAUUUAAAAAUAAAAGUAUUAGACAUAAUUUCCAAUAAAAAAUUUCCAAUAAAAUUAAGGGAGAGGAAGUAUAAAAGUGACAAAUAUAUAUUUGCUUCAAAAAAUAUAAGAACAAAAAAAAAAAAAAAUAAACAUAUUUAUUAUAAUAUGAUGAUAAAAUUAUCUAGAAAUUUCUUAUGUUUCAAUUAUUUAUCCUAUCAAAAUAUUAAUUAUAAAUUCAAUGUAAAUAUUUCUUUUGGAAAUGUGGAUAACCUUUUAGGAUAUAAUAAAAAAUAUAUCAUGUCUAAUGAAAUAAAUAAUUUGCAUAAUUAUAUUUUGAAUUAUUUUUUAAUUAAUCAAAGUUAUACAUCUAUGUAUUUUUUUAUAUUGAAAAAUAAUCAUUUAUUUCGUAAAUUGAAGGACUGUAAUUAUUUAAUAAAAAAACUUUAUAAAAAAGAAAAUAAUUUUCAUAUUAUUAAUAAUUCAGCAAAUCUAUAUUUAUUUAUUCCUUGUUAUAUUUAUUCUCAGUUAUCUAAUAAUAUGUUAUCAUUAUCAUUAUAUAAUUGUGCCGUCAUAUCUUUACAAGAAUUAAAAAAAUAUAUAGAAACAAAUAUAAAGGAAAAUAUAUCAAAAAAUGAGUUUUUAAAUAUAUCGAAGGAUUUAAUCAUUUCAAAUAAUAAUGCAAGUCAAUUAAAAAAUGAUAUAGAUAAAUCAAAAAAAGGUACUUCACUAAAUAUUUUAGCUGAUACAAAAAUAUCUGAAAAAGAAAGAGAAGUGGAAAACACAAGUAUAAAAUAUGAAAAGAAAAAAAAAGAAUACAAUAUAGUAAUAGAAAAAGAUAAUGCAUAUAACUUUUUUUUAAAAAAAGAUAAGAAUAAUAUAAAUUAUAUUUCUCUAUACAAUUUAAGUUUUUUAAGUGUAAAAUUAUUUUUUUGCUUAUUUGUUUUUAGCAAUAUAGAUAUAUUUGAUUUUAAAAAAAAUAAAUGUAAAAAUCCUUUAUAUAUGAAUAUAUAUUAUUUUAAAAAAUUAACUAAAUGUUUUAGCCCAUCUAUUUAUGAAGCUUACUUCGGAUGCAAACAAUAUUUAAAAAAGAAGAUAAAAGCAAAAUUAGAAAAAGAAAAAAUAAAAAAUAAAAAGAUCUUUAAAUUGGCUAUAGAAAAUUUAAAAAAAUAUAAAGAAAAUUAUGUGCAUAAAAAAAUAUAUAAUUAUUCUGCAAAGAAUUAUAGCUAUAAUUUUUGUUUUGAAAACUUAUAUUUAAUAAAAGAAAUGGAUAAAGAUAAUUCUAAUAAUCAAGAAAAAGAUAAAUACAGUUUAGUAAAAAAAGUUACAAAACAUAAAAAUGUAUUCUAUAAAAACAUAUAUAAAUCACGUGUCGAAUUUUAUUAUUCCUAUGACUUUUUUACAUAUAAUAAUGAUUUGUCUUUGCAAGAAUUGUUAGAAAAAACGGUAGAUCAAACAUUUUUCCAAGCAUAUUUUUCUCCAUUUUCAAUUUUUAAGAAUAUAUUUGAAAAAAAAUAUCAAGACACUUUUAAUAGUGAAGAGCUGAUUAAUUAUCAAAAUAAUAAUUCAAAAAAAAAAAUAAGAGAAGAUACUUUUUACAUGUUUUGUAACAAUUCCCUAAAGGAAAAUAAAAUUUUACAUAAGUUAUUUAAUUAUGAAGUAUUUUUUGUAGACUUAAGGAAAUAUAAAAAUGAAGAUAAUUAUAUAAAAUAUAUAUUAAAAAAUAAGAGUAUAGAAAUAGAAAAUAAUACAAUAAAUAAUAGAGAUAAUAGAAAAAUUAUUGAUUACAACGUAGAUUUUUUAAAAAGUAAAAAAGAAGAUAACAGUUAUCCUAUAAAUUUAGAAAACAGAAAAUUGGAUAAAAAUUAUUUUUAUUUUUUAAAAUAUUUCAAUGUAAAAUAUUUUCUGAUUUGCUGUCAACCAUUAAUAGCUUAUCAUAUAUUAAUAAUUAAUCAUAUUUUUUAUGAUAAUAAAAAAACAAAGAAUUUAUUAAAUUAUUUAUAUACUAAUAAUUAUGAUGUAAAAUUCCUAAAUAAUUAUUUAAUUAAUAAUAAUGUUAAUUUGCCUUUGAAUUUAAAAGAAGAUUUAAAAAAAGAGAUAAACGAUAUGUGUUUAGAAUUAAGCAUUUUUUAUUUUAAUAACAACAAUAUAUUAUGCUCUGUUUUUUGUUUUCUAGAUUUAUGUAAUAUAAAUAUUGAAAAAUUAAAAAUGUAUAUAUUGAGUAUGAAAAGUAUAUAUUAUUGCUUUAAAAAAAACUAUAGAAAGAGAAACUUUUUUGACAAAUGGAUUAAAAAAUGUUUCCAAUUUUUCAAAAUCAUCAAUUUUUCUAUUGAAGAUUUUUACAAAAUGAAUAAAAAUAUAUUUUAUGAAAACUUUAGCAUAACAGAUAUAAAUUAUUAUGAUUUAUUUAAAAAAAAUUUCAUAGAAUUAAUUGUUAUUAGAUUAUUUAUAGAAUUAUCAAAAGAACAAAAUGAAAAACUGACAAAUAAAUCCCAUUAUCGAAAUGAAAAAUUAAAUGAUGAUAAAAAUAUCAAGAAUAAUAUAAAGCUAUUUUACGAUAAUAGUAUAAAUAUAGAAAUUAAUGUAAUUAAGAAAAAAGAGAAAAUAAAAGUAGAGAAAAACGUAGAUUAUAAAAAUAGAUACAACUGUGAAUUUAAUAAUGUAUAUGAAAACAAAAUAAAAUUUUUUGAUGAAGAAAAAGGAAAUAACAUGGAAGAAAUUGAAAAAUUAAGUCAGAAAAAAGACAAUUUCAACGAAGUAAAAGAAAAUAUUAAUGAAAAAAAUAAAAAUUUAGAUGAAUCAGAAAAGAGUAAAAAUGAACCAAUAAACAAUGUUAAUUAUUAUAUAAUAAAAGAAGAAACAGCAAAAUUUUUUAUCUUACUUUUAUUAGAAAUGUCAAUACAAUAUAGAAUGAAAGAAAAAAAGAAAAGAAAAAAAAAGUAUUUUAACGAUUUUUUGAAUAUUAUUUCAUUAUAUUGCAAAGUUAAUAAUGUGCAUCAACCACUAACAUUAUUACAUAUAUUAAGUAAAAAAAAUGAUAUUUUUAUUUUUUUUUAUGAAUGUAUUGAUAAGAAAAUUGAUAUAAAAACUUGUCAAGAUAUUAUUAAUUUAUACACAAAAAAUAAACAUACCAAAAAUCAUUUAUUGACUUUUUUAAAUCACGUAAGAAAUAAUGUACAUAAUAUAAUAAAAUUUCAGUCAAUAAUUAAAUCAAAAAAUUUUAAAAAUAUGAAUAAAGAUAGUAAUAAUAUAAGUACCAAUAAUAAUUUAACCUUGAUAUUUUUGAAAAAAAUAAGGAAUAUUUUCAUAGGUAGUAAAUAUUUUUAUAAUGAAAAUUCUAUUAGUUUUUUGAAUAAAACUGUCUUAGAGUUACUAUAUUGCAUUAUAUAUAAUGAUUUUAAUUAUAAAAAUAUUCAAAAUGUUUUAGAAUUUACAAUCAAUAAUAAUUCAUAUUACAUAAAAUUUUAUAUAUAUCUUAGUGCAUAUGUUCAGUUUAUCUACAGAAAAAAUUAUUCCUAUUUUUUUGAUAAAAAGUGUAAACAACUUGUAAAAAAAAAGAAUGAAAAAUAUGAAAUGACUAACUUCAAAAAAUAUGAGAAGAUAUUUAGAACUAAUUUUAAUACUUAUAAUGAUUUUAAAAUUUUUUUAAUGUUUUUCAAUAGAAAGAAAGAAGAAUAUAAAGAAUUAAUUACUUCAUUAAAAAAUAUAUGGUUUUAUUUACAAAUUACCAGUUAUUUAUUAUAUUUAAACAAUUUUCGAAUAGUAGAUAUAAAUAAAUUAAAAUUUUAUACCUUCAUUCAAAAUUUAAAUGAACAUAAAGUUAAAAGAGUAAACUUAUUUUUUGAUAUUAUGAAGAAGGAAGAUACAACUUAUUUUUUAAUUUUUUUUCUUUUAUCUAAUAAUAUAUUUAACUUACUUCAUAGAUUUUUAUAUAUCUUUUACUUUAAUAAACCCAUAGUAUUGUUGUGUAAUUUUACAAAAUGCAUAAAAGAACAUCAUUUUCGUAAAGCAGAAUUUUAUAUUAAAAAACAUUAUAAUAGAUGUAUGAAAAAGAAUAAAAAUAAAAAUUGUAAUUUAUAUUAUAUCUUUUUUACACAUAUUAUAAAUUAUUUGUUAAUAAGCAACUCCAAUAUAAGGUAUGUUAUAUUAAAAAUGUUGUCAAAGGCAAAGCAUGAAUACAAGUAUAAUUUUGAUUUUUAUGUGUAUAAAGCAUUAAAUAAAUUUAAUAUGAAAAAAGAUAUAUUCUUCGAUAUUUUUGACUUAUGUGAAGAGUUGAUAAGUAUGGAAAAAUUUGGAUAUAUCAAAAAAAUUUUUAAAGAAGUUUAUGUAUCAAUAGAUAACUCCUCAAAAUAUGUUUUUACAUAUAACAAAAUAUAUAUUGAACUAAAUAGAUUUGUUUUACUUCAUUAUGUAUGUUUCAAUAAUUUUUUACACAUAAUAAAAGACAGACGUCAUAUAAAUAACUACAUUAUCUUCUUAUAUAACACUUCUACUUCUUAUUCCUAUUCAAAUGUAAUUUUUCUAUUAUUUCUUUUGAAUUACUCUUUUACUUAUCAAUCUAUUUUAAGCAUUUUUGAUCAGAUAUGUAUUUUAUUAUUAUGCCUAUUUCUUAUAAAUAAUUUAAAAAAAGGAAAAAAUGAAAAAAAAAAAAUUAAGGAAAAUUGUAUGUUUGAAUAUGUGAAAAAUAAAGUUUUAGAACUUAAAAAUUUAUUAAGUAAGAAAAAAAAAAGAAAUUCUAAAAAUAAAAAUAUAAAUAGUUCCAAUUUGUGUAUAUUAAACUUCUUGCCUUUGAAUAAUGAAGAAAGUGAAAACAUAUUUUUAUUUAAAGAAUAUAAGGAAAAUAGAAAAAAAUACAUGAAAUAUUAUAAGGGUUUGUUCCCAAUUUUUGAAAAAUAUAAAGAAUAUUUGAAUUUACGUGAGAAGUUUUAUAAUUUUUCUGAGGAUUAUUUCUAUAAAUUUAGCAGAAACAUAAAAUAUAUAGAAAGUUUGUGCAUAAAUAAAUAUACAGCAAUCAAUUUAAAAUUAAAAGUGAUAUACUUAUUAAGUUUAUCAACUAAAAAAAGAAUCCCCAUAAAUUUUGACGAAUUAAAUAUUUCAUAUAUAGAAAGUAUUUUAAAACAUAUAGAUGAAUACAAAAACCGAAACACAGUAGUAUAUGUGCACAAUUAUAUUAGAAAAGAAUAUGUAAGAGAUGAUAUUAAAAUAAAUGAACAAUUAAAAACAAUUCAUUCUAUUUAUAAACAUGAUGAACUUUUUAUUUACUUAAAUAAGGAUUCUAAAAAAAAUUUGCUGAUAAAAAAAGAUGCUAUAGAUCAUUCUUGUGCAUAUCAAAAAUUUCCAAAUAAUUUUAUUAAUAAUAAUAAUAGUGAGAAUUAUAAUGAAAAUAAUAUGCAUAUCAUAAGUAGUAUGAAAUGUAAUUUUAAUAAAAAUAAUGAUGAAAAAAAUUAUUCUAAAAUGAUAAGAGAAAAGGAAAAUUUCAAUGACAAUUUUCUUUUUAGCAUAAAGAAACAAAACAGAAAUAUAUCAAAUAAGGAAAACAUAAAUAUUUUGAUUAGUAUAUUUAUAUGUGUGAAUAAUUUAAUUAAUAAUUAUGAUAUUAUUAAGGUGCAAAGCAUCAUCAACUUUUUUGAUAUUAAAAAUAUAUAUAAGAAUAUAAAAAAAUAUGAAAGGGAAAUAUUAAAAGAAGAAAAGGAUAGAACAAUACAUAAUUUUAACUCGAAAAAUAAUAAUAAAAUGAACAUAAAAAAGGAAAAAAAAAAAAAGAUUACACCAACAGUCAUAAAAACAGAGUCUUGUUUAAUUUUUGAUGAUUUUUUAAAAGUUAACAAGGAUGAAAAAAGGUAUAAUUGCUUUAAUCCCUUAAAAAAUAUAAAAAAACAUUAUAUUCACAAUAAAAAAGAAAUUGAUGUAAAAAAUAAUCUUGAAAUAAAAUUAAAUGAAAAUUAUGAUAACUCGCAUUUAAAUAUUGACGAUAUAUACAGAUAUGUUUUUAUAAAUUCAGUUCAUUCACUUAUUAUAUUUUAUUAUUUAUGUGUUAAUACAGAAUUAGGAUUGCAUCUAAUGAAUUUGCUUUAUUUAAAAGAAAAAGAAAAAGAAAAAGAAAAUUCAUGUAUCAAUUUUGAAAGCUUUAUAGAAAAAUGUAAAAAACAUUGUAGUUGUGAUAUAUACAAAUUUCUUCUAACUACAGAAAUAUUAUUUAGUAUUAGAAAAAAAACAAAUGUACUAAUAAAACCAAUAUUUUAUAAUGUAAAUAACCAAAUUUAUAUUAUAAAAAUAUUUUUUUAUAUUUUAAAAAAUUUUAUUGACAUAAAUGAGGGAACUUAUAAUUUAUCCAUAGGAUUGAAAUAUACUUAUUUAUUUAAUAAUAGAAUAAAUACAUUUGUUGCCAAUUUACUAAUUUAUCAUAAUUUUAUUUUACUUUUAUUAACUAAUUUUCAUAAAUAUAAUUUAAAUGAAUGUACUAACAGUUACUCUACCCAAAAUCAUGUAAAAAAGAAAGCAAUAAAAUGUAAUUCAAAGAGAAAUAUUAAGAAUAAUAUAAAAAUAAAUUCACAAAAUACUGAAGAAAAAAUUAUAAUAUAUUAUGAAUGUUCUACAUUAUUUUUAAAUAAAUACAUAAAUUUAAUAUUAACAAAUUCAUGCAAUUUAAUAUACAAAAACUAUUAUUUUAAUAGUUUAUUAGAUGUCUAUUUCUUUAUUUUAGGUAUAAUACAAAAAAAAAAAAAUGGAAAAUUAAGGAAAAAAAAAAAAAAUUACUAUUGUACUGGGGAUAUUUAUAAAUUAUUAUUUAAUAUAAAAAAAUGUGACCAAAAUUUUAAUAAUGCUUUUUUUAAUAAUUUAAUUAAUUUUUAUAAAAGAAAUGUAGCAAUAUCCUUAGAAUUAGAAAUAGAAAUUAUAAUUUUUUUAUAUAAAUUAGCAUGCAAAUUCACAUCUCAAAAACAUAUUAAUAAAAUUAUUGACAUAAUUAAAUUAAGAACUUCUGUAUAUGUAAAAAGGAGAAAAUUAUAUCUUAUUUUUAGAAUAUUAGUAAACAUAAAUGAAUAUGAUAAAUUAUAUUUUCUUUUUAAAUUACUUUUUGAUAGUAAUAUAAUUUAUGACUUUUUAAAAUAUAGCAAAAACAUUUUCUUAUCCUUAAAUGUGUAUAAUUAUAAUUGUGAUUUAAGUAUUUCUUUAAAUAAUAAUUGUUUACUGUAUAAUCAAUAUAUGUAUAAAUUCAAGAAUUAUUCUAAUAUUAACAAUAGUAAAGAAGAAAUGCUAUUAGAUUCAAUUAAUAAAUGUAAAAAUUUAAGUAAUAAAACAAUUCCUAAUGAUAAUACAAUAUUGGAACAUGAAAGUUUUAAAAUGAAAAAUAGUUGUUAUGAUGAUGUUAUGAAUAAUCAAGAAAAAUUAAAAUUUCGUAAUUUGUUAUACAUUAUUUUUGAAAAUAUGUAUAAAAAAGAGAAGGAAGAAAGAAAAGAAGAAGAAAAAAAACAAAUAAACAUUUUAUAUAAUUUCAAUAACUUAAAUUUUUCAGAUUUGCCAAAUUUAUAUGAAAAUUAUUUGCAUAAGUUUCAAAAUAGUUCUUUUUUAUUUUAUGAUGAUAAUUUGUUUAUUUCUAUAUUAUCUUUUUAUAUAACUAUAUAUUGUAAACAAUUUACUGAAUGCGAUAUAGAAAUACUAACACGAAUAUAUAAAAAAAUUGGCUUAAAGUAUGAGUUAUAUAAAGUAUUAAAAAAAAAAGCUAAUACUUAUAUAAAAAAUUUGAAAAACGAAGAUGAUAUCUUUGAUGAAUGUAACUUAAAUACAAUAAUUACUAGUAUACAUUUGUUACACCAUUGUUCAUUAAUAUUACUAGAAAUUGAAAAUUUAUCCGAAUAUAACUAUAAUAUAAAUUUAAUUUAUCUUUUGAUUUUACAAUUAAAAUAUAUUUAUUUACAUAAUAAGCAAAAUUUACAAAAAAUAAAAAAUAGCAACUUUUCGUCUUAUUUAAAAAAUAAUAUUUCGUUAGAUUUUUUAGUAAAUAGAAUAGAUGAAAAUAUUGAUAAUAUAUUUGAAAAUAUAUUACAAUAUGAUAUUACAAUGCGUGAUUAUAAAAUAACAUUUCUAAAUUUAUCAUUAGAUAAUCUUAUUUCAUUAAUUGAAAAACAUCCAAUAUUUUACGAAACCUUAAUUAUAAUAAAGGUGUAUGAAAAAAAUUAUGAUGAUUUGGUAUACUCCUUUAUACCCAAAAUAUUAUUCAUCCAAGUUGUUGUAUACGGUAAUAAAAAAUAUUUAUCUGAUUAUUGUUCUUAUAGUUGUAUUGAUAAAAACACGCUAAAAUAUAUUAUUAAAUUAUUUCAGAUUAAUAGUAAUCAUUUAAAAUCUUAUAAUUCAUUUCCUAUAAAAAAAUAUAAAUAUAUAACAAUAAAAAAAAAUUUUUUAACUUUUGAUUUCUCCUGUUACAUUUUAUCUUCAAUAAACAUAACAUACUCAUCUGAUGAAGAGAAAGAUAAAAUUUUUAAUUAUAAAAAUCAUGUAGUUUCUGUUAAGUAUAUUUUAAAUCAAAUAGGCAAUAUUGAAUUGAAAAUGAAGGUUUGUAAAAAAUUAGGAACUGAUUUUAAUGAUUUAUAUGAAGAAUGUAAGAACAUCUUGGAUUUAAAAUUGAAUUAA